AUGGCCGCCUGGCCAGCUGCCGCCAAUGGCGCAGUCGCUGAGUUUGCAGCUAUUGCUGCUGACUCAUUGGGCCAGGCCCAGGGCGAAUACUCUUGCGCGUUCUUCAGCUGGCACCGUCGGUUCCUAUUGGCCUACGAGUCGUACCUUCGCGAGCUUGAUGACCGGUUCGCUUGUCUCACGACUGCAGUGGGAUUUUUCAAGCCAAUGGUGGAUCCCCAGAACCCGCCAGAAGACGUCGCUGAGACUCAAUGGCGUGGACGCCACGGGGGUAUUCAGUACGGCGUGAAUCACGAAGUGCUGGAUGCUAUUGGAGGCGUCUUUGCCACGGCUGCGAAGGGCUCACGACGCUCAAAUACUGGCGGCACGCGGAUCACAUGUACUUGCACGUACCACCUCUGCCGGACUCGCGUUCCUCUCCACUUAUAUGAUCAGAUCAUUGAGUCGCCUGAGGUGUACGCCAAUGCCACGCAGCUUCUGGGCGUGGUGCACCCAACACUUGGCCGGUACUUUGGUUACGUGGGCAGUGACAGCUGGAACUACGCAGACAUUCAGCAGCCUGAGACUACCCUACACGCAUUGCUACCGGGAGAUGCUACGCCAGCAGAUCUUGAGUAA